CCACUCCCAGCACGUCAAUGUGCGCAGCUCCCAGCGCUAAAGCAGCGCGAGCGCAUUUAGUCACUCUGCAACUCGGGCUCUAGUCAGUGGACCCCAGAAGACCCCGCUGAGAGGGGAACCGCGCCGGAGCUGACCUCUUGGUGGCGGUCACACGCGAGAAACAGGAGACUGAUCACCAAACACGAGGCACAGUGGGUAAUCUGCCUCCGUGAGCGGAAUAAAGCUCGGCGCGUGCCGCUCGGUGAUGUGGAUCGUCGCGCGCGCUCGACAGAACGUUGACGGAAUCCUGCGCGGACCGUGAGCGAGAACAGGCGAGCACACGCCGGGGGUUUCACAACGAAAGUGUCCGGUGAGAGGGAAGUGCCAUCAAAACGCUGUCAUCUCGAGAGGAAUGCAUCUCUUCAGUGCCAUGUUUCUUCUACUGAUGUUAUCUGCUCUGCCCUGCAAGGCACUGUACCCGAGCCCGGAGGAGGGCUGGCAGAUCUACAGCUCGGCACAGGACGCAGAUGGGAAAUGCCUUUGCACUGUUGUGGCUCCAGCACAGAACAUGUGUAAUCGAGACCCACGCAGUCGACAGCUCCGCCAACUUAUGGAAAAGGUUCAGAACAUAACGCAAUCCAUGGAGGUGCUAGAUCUCAGGACGUACAGAGACCUGCAGUAUGUACGAGAUACAGAGAACCUCAUGAAAACGGUGGAUGGCAGACUGAAGACGACCUCGGAAAAUCCACGCAGCAUCAACCCCAAGAGCUUUCAGGAACUGAAGGACAAGGUUACUCAGCUGCUCCCCCUGCUGCCAGUGCUGGAGCAGUACAAGACGGAUGCGAGAAUGAUCCUGCGGCUGAGGGAGGAGGUGAGGAAUCUGUCCCUGGUGCUCAUGGCCAUUCAGGAGGAAAUGGGAGCCUAUGACUAUGAAGAGCUCAGACAGAGAGUGCUGCUGCUGGAAACUCGCCUUCACUCCUGCAUGCAGAAACUUGGUUGUGGAAAGCUAACCGGCGUCAGUAACCCCAUCACUAUCCGUGCCUCAGGGUCAAGGUUCGGCUCCUGGAUGACUGACACAAUGAUCCCCAGCUCUGAUAAUAGGGUAUGGUCAAUGGACGGAUACUUCAAGGGUCGUCGGGUUCUGGAGUACCGCACGAUGAAUGACUUCAUGAAGGGCCAGAACUUCGUGCAGCAUCUCCUGCCCCACCCAUGGGCCGGCACCGGUCACGUGGUCUACAACGGCUCGCUCUACUACAACAAAUACCAGAGUAACAUCCUCAUCAAAUAUCACUUCAGAUCGCGAAGCGUCCUGGUGCAGCGCAGCCUCAGCGGCGCAGGCUACAACAACACCUUCCCCUAUUCCUGGGGUGGAUCGUCCGACAUCGACCUCAUGGCCGACGAGAAUGGUCUGUGGGCCGUCUACACCACCAUUCCAAACGCGGGUAACAUCGUCAUCAGCCGUCUGGAGCCGCAGAGCCUGGAAGUUCUACAGACGUGGGACACGGGCUUUCCCAAACGCAGUGCCGGCGAGUCGUUCAUGAUCUGCGGCACGCUCUACGUCACCAACUCCCACCUCGCUGGUGCUAAGAUCUACUUUGCGUAUUACACCAACACCUCAACCUACGAGUACACGGACAUUCCCUUCCAUAACCAAUACUCCCACAUCUCCAUGAUGGACUACAACCCCCGUGAAAGAGUGCUGUACACUUGGAACAACGGACAUCAAGUCCUCUACAACGUCACAUUGUUCCAGGUCAUCAAAACUGCAGAGGACUAGGUUGCGUGGACCUCGAAAAUCCAUUUGCUCGCACACAAACGAACACACAUACACACACAAAAGCCCACACAAACACACACAUUUAAAGUGGAGGAGGACGUGACUAAAGCUUAGACUUUUUUACUGCAUUCCAAAAUUCAUAGAGUGCUAUUAUUAAUCUAUUGUUCUGAGGAGACCGACAUUGGUACAGAUAUGUGGACCGAGCCUUCAUUUUCUUUCCUGUGAUGAUUCAGCAUGAGUACUUUCUUUUUAUUUGUGGAAAAAAAGAAGUAAAUAAACAUCUAACUUUA